AGCAAAAACCACUGUUAGUAGUUCACGAGUCACGACUGCGAGAACCAUCAAAGACAUCUCAAUAAAACCAAAACCUCUUUCUCAACUCCCAAAGAGAGGAUCGAUGAGCAGGAGGAACAGGAACGGGCCUAAGCUGGAGCUGAAGCUGAAUCUUUCGCCACCUUCUUCUCAAGGUAACCAGAUGAAUCUGGUUCGAUCUCCAAGUCGUUCCAACACAACUUCACCGAACUCAUGCGUUUCCUCUGAAACGAUACAGGAGGAGAUGGAGACAACAACUUCAAUGGUUCUUGUCGGCUGCCCUCGUUGCCUUAUGUACUUUAUGCUCUCUCAAGAUGACCCAAAGUGCCCAAAAUGCAAAAGCACCGUCCUACUCGAUUUCCUCCAGCAAAACGCCUCCGCGGCUACAACCGCCCCCGCCGCCACCACUAAACGCAAGAAGACCUGGUGGAACUGAGUUGUUUAAACCAACCCCUUUUUAAAAAUAACCGAAAUAUUUCAACAGCCUAUAGACUGAUCCAACCGCAUUUGUUGAUGGCAAGAUAGAUAUUUUAAAUAUCUAGGAUCGGUCCGCCCUACGGGCGGGAUUUGUAUAUUUGUGUUAUGAUAAUUUGUUUUGUUGGUUUUGGGAUUUUAAAUAUAUGGUUGUUUAUGCA